GAACAUUAACCCCCAUUUCUGCAACUUUGUUGUCAAAAAUCUGUGUUUGUUGUUUAUUAUUUUUCAAAUUCUAUCCUUGUGGCUGUGGCCCAGAAAUGGGUGAAAUAGGAAACAGAUUAAACGGAAUAUUAUUAUAGAAUGAACCCUGCGAAAGUGGUUUACCACGAAAAACAGGUUCGAGAGCUAUGUGCCCUUCAUGCCUUGAAUAACUUAUUUCAAGAAAAGGGGGCAUUUUCCAAAAGUGAACUCGAUUCAAUCUGUUAUAAUCUCAGCCCAGAAAACUGGAUAAAUCCCCAUAAGUCUGUACUGGGCCUGGGAAACUACGAUGUUAAUGUUAUUAUGCGUGCAUUACAAAUUCGCAACUAUGAAAUGAUUUGGUUUGACAAACGAAAAGAUCCAAGCAGUAUCCAGUUGGAGAAUGUUACAGGGUUUAUAUUAAAUGUACCUACAGACUACAAGUUUAGUUUCAUUACAAUACCUUUGAAAAGGAGGCAUUGGAUUGCAGUUAAAUUAUUAAAUGGACUGUAUUACAACUUAGAUUCGAAGUUGGAGCACCCAGUUGCUAUUGGGAAUGAAGAGGACUUGCUGAAUUUUCUUAGAACUGAAUUGGAUUCACAGGACAAAGAGUUGUUUGUGAUUACAACUAGUGACUCGGCGAAACUUAGUAGUUGGCUGAAACAGCAAUCGGACUAUAACAAUAAAAUUGUCGAUUCCAGUAAUCGAGAUGCUGAAGAAGUUUUACUUUGCAAUAUUAACCCUCGAACUGCGGUUGGUAAAUAAGAGAUUGUGUUUCUGAUCUUUUAAUAAGUUGUUAUGUACUAAAUGAAUAAUUUAAAUAAAGUUUAUUUGUGAGUU